UCCUCGCUUUCGCUUUCGCCCGUGUCCUCCUUUCCGUUCCUCCUCGGUUUGCAGGGAUCCUCGGUUUGCAGGGAUCCAGGCUGCGAAGACAGUAGGGAUCCUCCGUCUUUGGACCCCAAAUUUACCUAUACCCCGGCGGGGCGGGAUUCUCUUUCUCCCGCGUUGCCCAGACCGCGCAUUUUGCGCGCAAGUAGGCAGACCCAUGGCCGCUGCCGGAGACCCCUCCAUAACUCUCCAGGACGAAGCGACUUGCUCCAUCUGCUUGGAUUACUUCCGCGACCCGGUGAUGAUCAUCGACUGCGGGCACAGCUUUUGCCGACCCUGCAUCGCCCAGUGCCCGGAGGGGCCGGGCCGCGACCUCUCCUCUUGCCCCCAGUGCAGGAUAGCUUUUCCCCGGGGCAACCUCCAGCCCAACAGGCACUUGGCGAAUAUGGCCGAAGCGAUACAGCGCCUCCGCCUGCAGCGCCUCUCCCUGGCCGAAGGGGAGCCCAAGAAGGAAGCGCCGAAGUUGUGCGGGAAGCACUACGAAGCCCUCCGGCUCUUCUGCCAAGAGGACCGCGCCUUCAUUUGCCUGGUCUGCAGGGAAUCCCGGGCGCACAAAGCGCACGCCGUCCUCCCCAUCGACGAGGCUGCCCAGGAUGCUAAGGAUCAGCUCCAAAGUUGGUUAACAACCUUGAAGAAGGAGAGAGAUGAUAUUAUGAAGCAGAAAAGUUACACUGAGAAAAAAAAUCAGGAAUCAAAGAAAGGUGUGGAAAACAUCAGGAAUCAAAUUGUGGGAAAGCGGGAACUGCUAGAAGCACUUGAAGAAAUCGACAAAAUAGCCAGAGAAUUCUCAAACCGCAGUUCUCAUCUCGCCGAGCUGAUUAAAGAGGUAGAGGAGAAGUGUCUGCAGUCUGCCUUUGAACUCCUGCAGGAUAUGGAUCCCUUGCUGAGCAGAUGCGACAUAGAAAUAUCUGGGGAACCCAAAGCUGAUCUGAAUAAGAAAGUUAAGUUGCGUGAUGAAAAACUACAGCUGGUGCAGACCAAGUUGCGUCAGCUUUCAGACCGUUCUCAUUCCAACACGGCGAAAUGGAUAAAGGAAAACGUGGUGUUUGAUCCGGAAACAGCCCAUCCCCGAUAUAUUGUGUCUUCAGAUAGAAAAUCAGUAUGGUGGGGAAAGGUCCGUCAGGACUACCCCUACAGUUCAAAUAGGUUUGAAUACACUCGCUGUGUACUAGGAAUGCGAGGAUUCUACUCUGGGAAACAUUAUUGGACGGUGGAUGUUGAGGAUGUCGACCAUUGGGCUGUGGGCGUAGCCAAAGAGUCUGUGGAGAGGGAUAGAAAAAUUGAUCUUGAACCUGAUGAGGGGAUCUGGGCAGUGGGGUUUAGCAAUGAUCAGUUGAAGGCUCUGACUUCACCUCCUACCCCUUUGGAAACAGAAGAUGUCCCAACACAGAUCCAAGUUAAGUUGAACUAUGAAGCAGGGUCUGUGGCUUUUUAUGAUGCUGAAGAUAAGACCCGCCUCUUUAUUUUCCGGUCAAUUGAUUUUGAAGGGGAGGUAGUUUUUCCUUUUUUCCGGAUCGUCAAUUCAUCAACUUGCCUCCAGCUGUACUCUUAAAGCACAUGGUCCUUGGCCUGUGCUUUGCCUUUUCUGGGUGCUUGAUGUUAGUGCCGAAAAUAUCCAUUCUAUGCACAUUGUCUUUGGAAGUCUGUACAGAAGAGCUUUCCAAACUGUGUAGUGGCACAUUAGUGUGUCAGCUGCAGUGUGCAGGUGUGUCGCGCAAACGCUCCCCGCGCUCCUCCCGGGACUGGGAAGCGGUUUAACCUGUGCUUUGCUAGUAAAACUGAAUUAUUGUGUCGUGAAAUGAUGCAUGUCUAAAAGCAUGUCACCAAUAUGGAAAUUCUGGAAAGCUCUGCUGUACAGGCUACAGUUUCCAUCCCAUGCUCCAGUCCCUGCUUCUCCCUUCAGCAUAAGACAAAGGUGUUUUGGUUUGACUGUGCAGACGAUUACUUUAUAAUUCAGUACAGCAAAGGAGCACAAUAAUAUUGCAUAUAAUGUUUCUUUAAUUUUGCACCCUCUUGGUGGUGCCGAUGGGGAAUUUCUUGCCAAUGCAAGUAGCAGCUUCAGAGGGAUUUUCCUUGGGACCAUAGCAAAGGAGGAAAGGGUUAAAUCCUCCACCGAAUUUUGUGAUUCUCAUAAUCAUCAGCUUCUUCCCUCACUCAGCAUUUUGCAGUUUUAAAAUCCUCCAUGCUAAAUGCAAGGCCAUAUUUUGUCUGGUUUUGAUCCUUAGUUUAUAUUAACUUUACUAUUUAUUAGCAUGUAACUCCUCAGGUUUCUUUCUUUAGCUUUUUACGUUUAAUAAACCUGUGAUUUGAUGUCACCGUUGCAGUCUUUCACUAAUUUCAUUAAUCUGUCA